AUGCCUGGAGUUGAAGCAAUCGCACUUCCAGAGGGCUGGCAGAGAUCCACCCCUUCUGAUCAACAAAUGUCAAACUGGAAUAAGACGCCCAUUGCAUCGGUUAAUCUGUGUAUACAUGAACUCAUCCUCCAACGCUGCCAGCAGCAUCCGGAGAAAAUCGCGGUCUCUGCUUGGGAUGGGGAGUUCACCUACGAACAGCUCGACCGCCACUCUGCUGCGUUGGCCCACCUCCUUCAUGAGUACGCGAUUGGGCCUGAGACAUUCAUUCCUAUCUGCUUUGAGAAGUCUCGCUGGACGGUGGUGGCCAUUCUGGGGAUCCUCCGAGCGGGAGCGGCUUUUGUGCUUCUCGACCCAUCCUACCCAGUUCAGCGCCUCGGAGAGAUCUUCCGUGAGGUUGCUGCCCCAUUGCUUGUUGCUACUAUUUCCUGUGCCAAGGCAGCAUCUGAGCUAUCCUCGAAGGUGAUCAUCAUUGACGGCGACAGUUGGAUACCAUCAGGUGAAGGAAUAGAGCCGCCAUUGGGCCACCGAUCUCCCGUCAAGCCUAGCAAUGCCGCCUAUGCUGUCUUCACCUCUGGAACGACUGGCAAGCCGAAGGGGGUGGUAAUUGAGCAUGCUGCGUUUGCCACCAUGGCCAUCGCGCAGAUUGAGCUAAUUCCUUUCACGACACAAACCCGCCUCCUGCAGUUUUCCUCGUACGCCUUCGACGUCAGUAUCUCUGACCAGCUCUUGAGCCUGAUGGCCGGGGCGUGUAUUUGCGUGCCGUCCGAGAUAGAUCGCCAGGAAAACCUACGGGGUUUUAUCAACCAGCAUCAGGUGAAUUGUGCUUUUGUCACUUCCUCCGUGGCUCGGCUACUUUCACCAGACGCGGUUCCUUCACUGCAGCUGCUGGGCCUGGGGGGAGAGAAAGUGGCCCGGUCCGACAUUGAAACCUGGUCGCCGUAUGUUCGGCUGCUGGGUGAGUACGGCCCGGCCGAAUGUUCGGUUACUUGCGCGGUUAAUCUCGAUUUAGCAAGGUCAAUUGACGCGCCCGGUAAUAUUGGAUUCCCUUUGGCAGCGAGAUUCUGGGUUAUAGAUCCAGAAAAUGCGGAGGUUCUGAUGCCUGUAGGGUCACCCGGGGAGUUGGCCAUUGAAGGGCCGACACUGGCCCGUGGGUAUCUCAAUGAUCCUGACAGAACGGCUGCCGCGUUCGUCAGCCCAGAUUGGUUGUCGUCCCUACGACGAGGAGAGAGGUCUCGCGUUUAUCGGACCGGCGAUUUAGUUCAGUACGAGCGCGACGGCUCGCUUAUCUUUCUGGGCCGCAAAGACGCACAGGUCAAAAUUAACGGUCAGCGGGUUGAGCUGGAGGAUAUCGAGCAUCACCUGCGAAAGUGCUUCCCAGGUGCUCUGGAUAUCAUCGCUGAGGUCGUCUUCUUUGGUGCUGGGGAGUCUUCUAGGCUGGUUGCAUUCGUCAAGGAGACCAUAGAAGGCGAGGAGAAUCAAUCUCAUAUCUCUGACAACACCCUCCUUCGACCCCCGACAAAGAACUUCCAGAAUCGCAUUGUAGAGUCCGAAGCAGCUCUGCUACGACAGCUUCCCCGGUACAUGGUUCCCAGCCUCUUCUUCCCUGUGGAUCAUAUCCCCAUCACGACAUCGGGAAAGGCAAACCGCCGGGCAUUGCAGGAAAUGGUGAUGCAGCUCCCCUCAGAGCGAUUAGCCGCUUAUCGCGGGGACGAAGACGGGUUCAGCCCACCCAGAAACGUAAUGGAAGAGACGCUGCGCAGACUGUGGACAAAGACCCUUCGAACUUCGUUUUCCACUGUCGGGCGCCACUCCAACUGGUGGCGCCUAGGGGGCGACUCCUUGCGGGCCAUCCGGUUGGUCGGAGAGCUACAGAUGGAAGGGCUCUUUAUCACUGUGCGGGAGAUCUUCCAGCAUCCAGUGCUUGCGGACAUGGCGGCGGUGAUCAAGAGGGAGACCGCAUCCUCCAGUGCGGUUACGAACCCAGGGCCAUUUGAACUUCUGGGUAAGGACGAAACGACUCGGAUGAGACGUAUGCUGGCUUUGAGCAAUGACUGUGGCCUCACCUUUGACGAGAUCGAGGACAUCUACCCCUGCUCUGGCCCGCAAGCACUGAUCGUCCAAAUGUGCCUUCAAAAUAUGGGCAAUUUCACACUCCUAUUUGAAGGUGAACUGCACCCGGACCUCGAUCGAGGCCGUUUUAUCAGUGCGUGGCACAAGGUAGUGCAGGCUAAUCCCAUGCUACGGACGCGAUUGGUACCCAUGGGCAGCAGUAGCACGGAUGGGGACUUCCUUCAAGUUGUACUCAAGCAAGCAAGCGUCCCUGUAGAGAGCCUUGACAGCAGAAACGGUGAUUAUGACGGCACAUUUGACAUCUGGGGCUUCAACCACCCAUUAAUACGACUAGCGACGCUGCAGGAUCGGUUUCUCGUCAUGAUCCACCAUGUGGCAUACGACCUUUUCUCCUUCGCUCAGCUGUUUGCUCUGCUGAGAGAGGCAUAUGAGGGGCGUGACCUGCCAUAUCGUCCCUAUAGCCCGUUUGUGCGAUGGGAACGGCGCUCUUCACCAGACACAGUCCAGUUCUGGAAGAAGACAUUUGCCGGUUUCCAGAGCAAGAAACUCUUUCCUCACGUCUUGCCGUCCGCGAACUACACACCCACAAUCAACUCUCAACUGGACGCCCGAUUUCCGAUCACCAUCGAAGCCUCGGACCAUGGAACGCUCGCCUCUAAGCUCUAUCUGGCUCUGGCAAUUGCCAUAUCUCACGAGAUAGAUGAUUCUGAUAUCGUCUUCGGCGGAUCGUUCAUCAGACGCGGGGCGCCUGUGUCGGGAAUUAUGGAGAUGAUGGGCCCAACCACUUGCAUAUUGCCCGUGCGCAUUCAGUUAGAUAGAGAGGAAACGCUUCUAAACGCCCAACAAAAGGUUGCCAACCAACUAAUGGAAAUGUCGGAUUUUGAAGAUAUCGAUACUGUGCGGAUAGGAAGGCUGAGUCCAGACGCGACGGCAGCGUGCAGACUGCGAACCACUGUUGUAAUCAUGCAGGGUGAGAUGCUUCAGAGCACAUCUUAUUUCUUUGCGCGCACAUGGCAGCAUAAGAAUAUGGGCUUCCCGACGGCUUUGUUACUCAUGUGCUCUGUAUCAAGUGGAUCAGCCGUGGUUCAAGCCAUGUAUGACCAGAACAUGCUCAAACCGGCUAGGAUGCAACAGCUGUUGAACCAACUGGCACAGGCAGUGCAGUUUAUUGAUGAGGAGCCACAUAUCAAAGUUAUGAAUGUGGUAUCGACACAGCAUAAGGUGGAGAGUUUUGAGAGUAUAAAUUUAUAG